AUGAUGCAUUUCUUGUUCUUUGGGCUAUUAUUUAUCGAAAUAAUACAGGCGCUUGAUUAUGCUGAUUUCGGGUUACCCAAUAGAAAUCCAUGCGUCCUCAGUCAUGGUGGAAAGGUGUAUGUAAUCAACCAACAAUCACUCGCAAUCAAUUUUCAACAACCUUGGGAGAAUACCAGUCCAGAAAUAACCACGCAUAAUCUAACAACAGUCGGUGCAUGUAGUAUCACAAGAUCAGGCAGAGUCAUCUUAAUACCUCUAGAGCAACAACAACCCUUACAGGUUAUAGAUGAUAUCACCUUAUCAUGGAAUUUAAAUAGUAACAUCACUUAUUUAGGUUCGCAAAAUGCCAUUAAUUCAUUCGUCGAAAGAACAAUACCAUUGACCAGUGCAUUUGUUAUCGCCGCAUAUAAUGAUUUCAUAGUGAUCUUUGGUGGAUAUAAUGAGUCUAGUACUUUUAUACUCGACACGCGUUACCCACCCUAUAUCUGGGAUGAAGUAUCCCUUUCACCUAAUACACCAAUAAAGACAGCUUCUUCUAUUACUACACUGUAUGCGACAUCUCGCUGGAUUCUCCAUUUUCAAAUCGAUUCGAAUAUAAUUUAUAUUUACUGUUUGGACCCUCUAAAUUUGCAAUGGUAUGGAUUGAUUUCAACGUUUGAACUAGACAAUGACCAAACACAAUCUAUUCAAGUUGUUCCAACCACUGAAGACCUUGACUCAUUUCUCAUCGUUGCCAGACAAGAAAAUGAAACAUAUAUCUCCACAACCAUAUGGCAGUCAAAUACAUCAGCCCUACUGCCGAUGAUUACCGUCACAUUUGUAAAUUCAAUAGUUCAACAAACAGGCCAAAGAAGUGGCGGUGGAUCUGUUUUGGUUACACGAAUCGACGAUGAAAUGGCGCUACUUUAUGGAGGCAAAGCAAAUCUCGAAUUCUUAAAUACGACAAGCAAGUCAUUUGUUGCAACACCUGAGUGGCUUACUGAAGGAUCACCACAAGAAGAUAAUCAUUUGGGCAUCAUUUUGGGUACAGUACUUGGCGGAGUCAUGUUUAUUAUUGUACUUGUUGUUUUGUUUAUCUGGUUGAGAAAGCGUAGUAAUGUAUCACUAAGCCCAAAUAACACAAAACCGAAAAACAUACCAUCGAUGAGCCAACAAGAGGAAAACUUGGAGCCAUCACCAUCGAUUUCACAGUUCACAUUGUCACCAAUUAAAAGACUAUCUCCCAUCAGCCUUUUCCCGCUAGCUACUGAUCACGUAUCAUCUGAAAACGAAGAUGAAGGCAUCACUGUACUACCUCAACAGCCAAAAAUAAAAAGUAGAUUUAAGGAACAUUUCGAUUUUCAUGAGUCCAUUGCAUCUGGAUCGUUACAAAUAGAUCCGAGAGAACAGUAA